AGGCUCAGUAUGCCUUUUAUGACUACACAGCCUCCCUCCCCACUCCCAUCUUUCCCCACUAGUCUGGGUAUGAGCCUUUGAGGCCAAGGUUUCAAGGUCAGGGUCCUGGAGAGCUUGACUUAUAAUGAAGGCACAGGAAACCCAAGCCAUUAGUGCUAUGGGGACUGGGGAGGAGGACCAGGGAGUGCUUGCUAGGGGUCUGAGGACUGGCUGGGUAGGAGAAGCUGAUUGCUCCAGUAGCCAGAGCCAUAGUUUGUCUCUAGUCUAUUCCAUCAUUAGAUAAAAAAAGGUGGUUAGGAAGUGCUGGUUACUAGAGGGCAGAGGAAAAGGUUCCAGCCCCACUGAGGAAGAAGUAGGUGGUGCUGGUGGGGCCCUGUAUGAGCUCACAGCCGCCCUUCCUCUCCCCAGUUAUUUUUGGCCUCCCUGACCUGCAGGUUUCCUGUUAGUAGGAACAGAAGUGACAGGAACGAGUUCCUAUCGCAGAAAUGAAAGCCAGGAGUCCAACAACCCACUCUCCUUCUCUCUUCCUUUGGCCUAUGAACCUCUCAAGGAUCCAAGCAUCUAGAUUCUGGAAGCUGCGUUAGCAGCGUAGGCGCCCAGCGAGGUUAUUUCGUUUAAGCCUCAUCUCAUAACCCCUCUUUCGCUCCCUCAUGCCCUUGCAAUUCCUGGACCCCUCAUUAAAGCAAGUAAUUGCUUUCCCCUCCAGAAGCAGUUUACCCACCACCAACCCUUCCGUGCAGGUCUGAGUGCUAAAAUGUGGAAGCGUAAGCCCGGCAAGGUGAACAGGAGACCCUGGUAGCUGCCCGGUAGGUCCCUGCAUCACGUGGGGCCCUACCUAAUGCCUCUCCUUACGCAUGCGCCCCAUUCACGGCCCAGUGCAGAACAAAGCGUAAAUCCCGCCCUGCCCUCUGGCUCUGCCCCCUGCUCAGGAAUCCCGCGUCCUCAUUGGUCAGCUCUGGACGUGGAUGUUAGCCGGCGUGGCCACGGGCUGACACUCCCCCAGUGAUAAAAUAGAUAAUCCACACCAGGACUGGUGCGCCUGCGGGGUGUGGCCCAAGCCCAGUUACGCUCCCUGGCUCCUAACCGAACCGUGGAGCCGGGACCGAUCCCGCCCAGACCCCGAGUCUGCGGCGAGCCAGCGGAGCCACGCCCCCAGCGCUUCUGCCUGGGCCAGCGCGGGCCUGCUCGCCUGUCCUAUAUCGCCCCCCUGGGGGAAAGGCUCGGGCGCCUCACGCCGCCCGGUCAGUAUCUUCCUCUUUACCAGCCUCUCCUCGGCUCCGCCCGAGCCGCCGGCGCGGUGGGUGGGUGGGCAGAAGCCGAGCCCCCGGAGCCCAGCGACCGCAGGGGCGCUUAGUGGAAGCAGCCCUGUCGCCGCCCACAUGGCGAGCAGGGCCGAGCCCCCCGACGGGGGCUGGGGAUGGAUGGUGGUGCUCUCAGCGUUCUUCCAGUCGGCGCUGGUGUUCGGGGUGCUCCGCUCCUUUGGCGUCUUCUUCGUGGAGUUUGUGGCGGCGUUUGAGGAGCAGGCAGCGCGUGUCUCCUGGAUCGCCUCCAUUGGAAUCGCAGUGCAGCAGUUUGGGAGCCCGGUAGGCAGUGCCCUGAGCACGAAGUUCGGGCCCAGGCCCGUGGUGAUGACUGGAGGCAUCUUGGCUGCGCUGGGGAUGCUGCUCGCCUCCUUCGCUACCUCCUUGACCCACCUAUACCUGAGUAUUGGGCUGCUCUCAGGGUCUGGCUGGGCCUUGACCUUCGCUCCGACCCUGGCCUGCUUGUCCUGUUACUUCUCUCGACAUCGAUCCCUGGCCACUGGGUUGGCACUGACAGGCGUGGGCCUCUCCUCCUUUGCAUUUGCCCCCCUUUUCCAGUGGCUGCUCAGCUAUUAUGCCUGGCGGGGGGCCUUAAUGCUGGUGUCUGCCCUCUCCCUCCACCUGGUGGCCUGUGGUGCUCUCCUCCGCCCACUCUGCCUGGCUGAGGACACCACUGUGGUUGGCCCUUGGGCCCAACUCACCUCCCUCCUCCAUCAUGGCCCCUUCCUCCGUUACACUGUUGCCCUAACCCUGAUCAACACUGGCUACUUUAUUCCCUAUGUCCACCUGGUGGCCCAUCUCCAGGACCUGGGUUGGGACCCACUACCUGCUGCCUUCCUCCUCUCAGUGGCUGCUAUUUCUGAUCUCGUGGGGCGUGUGGCCUCUGGAUGGCUGGGAGAUGCAGUCCCAGGGCCUGUGGCACGACUCCUGAUGCUCUGGACCACCUUGACUGGGGUGUCACUAGCCCUGUUCCCCAUAGCUCAGUCUCCCACAGCCCUGGUGGCUCUGACUGUGGCUUACGGCUUCACAUCAGGGGCCCUGACCCCAGUGGCCUUCUCCGUACUGCCUGAACUGGUAGGGACUGGAAGGAUUUACUGUGGCCUGGGACUGCUGCAGAUGGUAGAGAGCCUCGGGGGACUGCUGGGGGCUCCUCUGUCAGGCUACCUCCGGGAUGUGACGGGCAACUACACGGCUUCAUUUGUGGUGGCUGGGGCCUGCCUUCUUGCAGGGAGUGGAGUUCUCAUCACUCUGCCCCACUUCUUCUCCUGCGUCUCAGCUACUACAUCCAGGCCCCAGGAACUUGUAACGGAGGCACUGGAUACCAAAGUCCCCCUGCCCAAGGAGGGGCUGGGAGAGAACUGAACUCCACAAAGAGGGAGUCAUGCCCAGAAAGCCAGAGCUCGACAGCUCCAGGUCUGCCCCAUUUUGGCAUCCCUAGAACCACAGUGCCUUACGAUUCUUCAUCUGCCUGCCGCCCAGAGCAGGCCUGGGGCUCCUGCAGUAUGUGUGCCAACCCUUUGUA